AAAUGAAAACAUGCUGAAAACGCACUGAUGCAACAGUGGCGCGCACAAGAGCCGCGGUUCACCUUUGUUUACAUGCGUUACAACUCCUUCCGCGAGGAAAACAAGAUCUGGACACUUGAGUUUAUCCAUAAACAAAGAACAAAAAUCACGCAAACUUGCACAUUUACUGUGAACAUGUGAUGAAAAUACACAGAAUAUGUUAGCGGUGUAGAGCGAGACAGUGAAGCUAAGGAACACGAGAGCGAUGCCGCGGAGGGAUACCGAAGUGCGCAGCUGCACAGAGCCACUGCACAGAGAAUAAAUGCUGAAGCGGUGAAAUAUUUAAUUUUUGCUCAAAAUAAUCCAACGUAUCGCCAUUAUGCCGGGAAUGAUGGACAAAGGGUCGGAAUAUCUGGGGAAAGGUCGCUCAAAUGGGACGAAAAGCCCGUCGAACGCCUCGAAUGGACAUUUUUCGGACGAGAGCGGCAGCGACGACGAGCACGAUGUGGGCAUGCGUGUGGGAUCAGAUUAUCAAGUUUAUAUUCCUGAAUUUGAUCCAGGCUCCACAAAAUACAGUGAUAAAGACAGCGGUGGCAUGUUGGUUUGGUCUCCAUAUCACACAAUAGUUGACUCUAAAUUGGAUGAGUACAUUGCAAUUGCAAAAGAAAAGCAUGGAUAUAAUGUUGAGCAGGCUCUCGGCAUGCUCUUCUGGCAUAAACACAACAUCGAGAAGUCCCUUGCUGAUCUGCCAAACUUCACCCCCUUCCCUGAUGAGUGGACGGUGGAGGACAAGGUGCUGUUUGAACAAGCGUUCAGUUUUCAUGGGAAGAGCUUCCACAGGAUCCAGCAGAUGUUGCCGGACAAAUCCAUAUCCAGUCUUGUGAAGUACUACUAUUCGUGGAAGAAAACACGUUCCCGGACGAGCCUGAUGGACAGACAGGCACGAAAGCUGGCAAACCGGAGUAAUCCAGAUGAAAGUGAGGAAGAGAUGGAAGAAGCCAACCCCGUUGAGGCCCACGACAGCGACUAUGACCCCACGAAAGAGGCGAAGAAGGAGACUCAUGCAGAACCUCAGAUACUGAGCUCCAAAAUUGCUCUGGGACGGAGAGAGCACCAGACCCUGCAGCACCGUCACCACAGCCAGCGCUCCAAGUGCCGCCCGCCCAAAGGCAUGUACCUCACACAGGAGGAUGUGGUGGCCGUCUCCUGCAGCUCCAGCGCCGCUAACUCUGUCCUGCGUCAGCUCGACAUGGAGCUGGUGUCUCUGAAGAGACAGGUUCAGAAUGCCAAGCAGUUAAACAGUGGACUUAAGCAGAAGAUUGAAGAUGGAAUUGAUGAAUUCAGACUGCCUGAGUGCACCCAAAAAAUGAAUGCCCGCUGGACAACAGAUGAGCAGCUUCUGGCAGUACAAGGAGUACGGAAAUACGGGAAGGACUUCCAGGCUAUUGCUGAUGUGAUCGGGAAUAAAACGGUGGGGCAGGUGAAGAAUUUCUUUGUGAACUAUCGGCGGCGCUUUAACUUGGACGAGGUGCUUCAGGAAUGGGAGGCGGAGCAGGGAACUCACACUCCCAGCGGAGACGGUGCCAACUCUGGUGAGGACGGGAAACACAGCAACAGCUCCUCAGGGAAGAGCACGGAUGAGGAAGAGGAAGAGGUGACCCCAGCCUCGGGUCCGUCUCCUGUAGCCACAGCCUCCAGCAGCUCCACCUCUCUCAACCAGCCUCCACCUCUUCUGCGUCCAUCUCUCCCUGCCACCCCAGCGCUACACCGUCAGCCUCCGCCCCUGCAGCAGCAAGUGCGCUUCCUUCAGCCCCGUCCUGCCCUGAACCAGCCUCCGCCGCUCAUCCGGCCCUCCAACCCCCUCCCUCCGCGCCUCAACCCCCGCCCCACAGCUUCAGCCGCGCCCGAGUCGCCCUCCUCCUCCUCUCUACACUGAUGUGUUCUGUAUUUCUGACAUUAGUUAGCAGUUCUCAUUGUGAAUACUAGAAAAAAAAAGGAUUGUUUUAAACUGUAUAUAUUAGUUGCGUAACGUUCUAUUUAUUUGAACUUAUUUUUUUAUUCUAGAUUUCGUAAUCAUGUGGUAAUAUUGUACUUGAAGUAUUUAAAAUAUUGUGUUCGGUCUCAGCACUUGUUCUUGUUGUUCGUUAGUCUCCAUCAUGUGAGGGCAGAGCUCUUUGCUUGUCAUUCUGUUGUUCAUCUGUGUUUGUGGUUGAUUACUCUGUCAUGUCAUUUUUACGAGUUUCGUAUUUUUAUAUUUGGUGCUACAGACUGACAGAAAAUUCCCUGUCCGUGUUCUCUUGCCAUCAAAGUGCUCUUAACAACAAAAUAUAAUCUCAUACUCAAUUGCUGAUGAAAAGCGUAGAAACCUCUUACUGUCAUACAUUUUUAUUUUUUAUUUUUUAUUUUUUACUGAACAUGGGAUACCGAAAACUACUUUUGAGUAUAAACACUUAUUUUCAACUGCAUUUGAUCAUUUUUGUAUAUUUGGAUGUAAUUGGGUUUGUUUAUAGACCUGUUUGACUUUCAGAAAUGUGUAAAUGAUCCAUGUUUUGUGUCCAGACACUAAGCUGUUGACCUGAGCUCUUCAGUAGUGAUGUGCUGUUUGUUCAUCAGGAUUUAGCACGUAGCGUUACCCUUCCCACCCUGUGACAGUGCAGGACCUGGACUGGGGAUUCAGAGCAGGGUCACGUGCACAUCAUUUCCAGUUAAAGGUCUAUAUUCUGGUUAAACCUUUAUUCUGAAAAGACGUAAUCCACGGCUCUGAAUGUUACUGUGCACAUAUGAGCAUUAUCAGAAUAAACCAGUCUACAUUCUUCCCCUUUACUCUCUUCUGGAAAUUACGAGGAUCCUCUUGCCUAUUAUUUAAGCAAUUUAAGUUUUGACUGAUGUUAAUAUAACACAUGAACAUAAGAGAUUUGUCAUGAGACACUUUGUCGAAUGUUAAUUUAAAAAGUAGUUUUUCUCCAGGAAUAGCUGUAUAAUCCAGCAUUGCCUUUGUUUGGAUGCGCAGAUAAUCAGUUACAGUGUUUUUAAGGUAUUUAUUUGACUCAAAAUGCUGAUUACAACAGACAUACAAGGCCUUAUUCAGAUUUCUAAAAACCGAAAUGUUAAUCGUAUGAUGUUUAAUGCUUAUACAAGACAAUUACGUAAUCAGAAUAUGACUGAUUAAUGCUGGGAUAUUCUUGUGCAUGCGAACAGUCACUGUGUAAACACUUUUCACUAAUGGACGAUUUUGAUCUUCAUAAUUUCUUAUUUUCUGGGUAGUUUUUUGAAGUCUUAACUAGAUUUUUUAUAUGUAUAGCUGUGCUUCUGGCACAAUUGGGGUUUUUUUUGUGUUUUAUUUUUUUUUAAUUUAUUUUUUUGUACUGGUAUGAUUAUUUCAUCAGAAAAGUGCAGUUUCUACUGUAUGCAGUUUGGCUGCAUAUUGGAAAUUGCUUAAUGUCUCAUAUUUAACCAUUUUUGACGAUAUGAAGAAAAUUUUCGGAUAUUUAAUUUUAUGGGUAAGGGUGAUACUCCUUUUAGUAUAUCUAUUUGUGUGUGUGUGUGUGUGUGUGUAUACAUACACACAACCUUAUUGUAAGAACAGGUUGUGGGCAGCUCAGAGUGUGGUGGCAUUAACAUGUAAAGUAAAGAAAAGUCUCUUCUCUGAAUUUGUGCCUAAAGCAUGUUCAUAUGUGAAGUGUCAUAUGUGCUCGUCAUUAAAACAGCAUUUGUUCACGA